CACCCCCAUGCCCCGCCCCAUCCCCAAGAUCUCCCUGCGCGACUUCGCCGCCCGGCGCGCCGAGAUCGGCGCGCAAAUCCUCGACGCGGCCGAAAACGUCGGCUUCUUCAUCCUCGUCGAGCAGGAGAGCCCGAGUAGGGGGGAUAUUGAGGAGAUGUUUGAGUUGUCAACCAAAUUCUUCGCUCUACCGGACGAGAUCAAAGGUCAAUGGCCCUUCAUCCGGGAGAAUAACACCGGCUGGGAGCGCGACGCGCAGGUCCGGCCAUCGACGGGUGUGGCAGACCCCAAAGAAUCCCUCCAGCUCCAAUGGUUCCGCCGGACCACCUACUGGCCGCACGCCCUGCCCACCCUCCCCGACUUCGAGGCGCGCGUCGCGCGGUUCCACGCCCAGGUGCACGAGCUGAGCAUGCAGAUCCUGGGCUUCUUCGCCGGCGCGCUGGGCUGGCCGGAGGGGUACUUCCGGGAGGCGCACGAUUUGGAUUACGGGGACGCGCUGUCGACGUUGAGGUUGUUGAGGUAUCAUGCGCAGGGGGAGGCGAAGGACGGUGCGGGUGCAUCCUCGAAGGACGGCGUAGGUGCAUCCAAGACAACACCGACGACGGGCCCACCGCCGAUGCGCGCGGGGGCGCAUGCCGACUUCGACGUCCUCACGCUGCUGUUCCAGCAGACCGGCGGCGACGGCCUCGAGGUCCUCCCCGGGCGCGAGGCGCACGGCACGUUCGACACGCUGCACAGUGCGAUGGGCGGGGGUGGGAGUGGGAGUGAAGGCAAGGACGCCGAAUGGACGCCCGUCCCCGCGCAAACGGGCGAGAUCACAGUCAACAUCGGCGACAUGCUCAUGUCGUGGAGCGACGACCGGUUCAAGAGCCUCAUUCAUCGCGUGCGCAUGCCGACGCCUGAGGAGAGUGGCAAGGCGAGGAAUAGCAUGGCAUACUUCACCCAGCCCCGCCCGCAGGUCAUCAUCCAGGGCCCGACGCGCAAGUACGCGCCCAUGACCGCGCAGGAGUACAUCCUCAGCGCGAUGCGCAAGUACUACAAGGCUACGCAGGGGCAGAAUGCGGAGGACAAGGUGCAGACUGAGGACUCGGAGAAGACAUCGGAGGAAACCCAGACGACAGAGAAGGCCGCACCUUUGGUCGCGGCGGCGGCCUGAAUACUGUAGACAAUUAGAGGGAGUCGGUAGCUUGCAAGUUUAUGGUAAAGUUCCAAAUUAAUGGUAAAGUUGCAGAAGCCGUCGUAUAGCACGCUGUGUCAUAGCCGAAUGAUUUUAUUGAGGAUCUGGC